AUGGCAUGUUGUCUUCUUCAAAAUCACAUUAGAGAACAUAUGCCAGUUGAUCCUAUUGAAAAUGAUUAUGGUAACAAUUUGCGAAAUGAAGAAGAGAUGGCUCGCCGAGGAAAGAGUAAUCGUGUAUGGACUAUUGAAGAAGAUGCAAAACUUGUAGAAUCUAUUGUUGAGUUGAAGAGGAGUAAGAAUUGGGAUGGUGAAAGUGGAAGUGGGUUGAGAAAAGGUUAUCAAAAGGAGUUGGAAAAAAUAUUGCAAGAAAAGCUUCCAGGUAAUGGUCUUAAAGAAAAGCCACACAUCGAAUCUCGUUGUAAGUUAUUGAAAAAACAAUAUCAUGCUAUCUAUGAUGUACGUGCUAAUGGAGAAUUGAGUGGCUUUGGCUGGGAUGAUGAAAGAAAAUGUGUUACUGCAAGUGCGGAUGUUUGGGCUGAUUAUUUGAAGAGCCAUCCAGAUUGUACUUUCAUGAAAAACAAGUCUUUCCCUUACUUUGAUCAACUAUCAAUUGUAUGGGGUAAAGAUAGAGCUGCUGGAUUACAUGCUGAAGUUCCAUUAGAUGUAGUUGAGGAAUUAGAUAGAGAAGAAAAUGUAGAUCAAGUAGAUGGAGAAUCUGGUGAAGAUGGUGUACCUUCAUUAACUACACCUCGCGACGAAGGAACUUCAAAAAGACUUGAUCGUAAGAGGAGAAGAAGUUCAGAUGGUUUCAUAUCAAGUUUGGAGCGAAUGACUAAUGUGCUUGUUGCGUAUAUGGAUAAGUCGAAUGAUCAAAUGAACAAGAUUUUGGAAAGUGUUACCGGAGGUGACAAAGAGAAAAAAGACAAUCGUCAUAUGCUUUAUGAGAAAUUGCAAGAGAUUGAAGCGUUGACUGAUUCUCAGAGACAAAAAGCUGUAAUGAAACUUGUUCGAGAUCCUGAUUUAUUAGAUUACUUUUUCACUCUUCAUGAUGAAGGGGCGAAAAAGAUGUUUCUAAUAGAACUAUUAGGAUGA